GAAGAGAGAGGCUAGUUUUUCAAAGCUGAAGUGAGAGCUCACACUUCUGGCUUCACUGCAGAAUCACAGGUGGAAGGGAAGAUGGCUCAUCCGCCCAAGCUCUUGGUCUUCCUCCUGGUUGGGCUGGCAGCCGGGACGGGCUUCUCCCUCAAGCUGUACAAAGCCGAAUCCCUCUACGGCUGCAUCGACGCUGCUCUCUCGGACAUCAACAAGGGCCUCGGCGGGGAGAACUCUCCGUUGGAAAAGAGGAGCUUCGUGUUCCAGGCAGGAGGUGAGGACGUCUCCUCUGAGGACGAGAAAGAUGACGAUGACAUUGGCUCCCUGGAAGAAAAGGAGAAAAGGACGUUCCCGGCCACGGUCACCCGCUAUAAAUCCAUGGCCCAGGUGCCAGGCAAGAGCAAGGGGUCAGUGGCCACGGGCCAGACCCAAAGUGACCGGCGCACCAAGUUCACCCUCUCCCUGGAUGUCCCGACCAACCUCAUGAACAUCCUCUUUAACAUCGCCAAGGCCAAGAAUCUACGGGCAAAGGCGGCCGCCAACGCCCAGCUGAUGGCCCAGAUUGGCCGGAGGAAGUGACCGGAAGCUGGUCAAGGGUGGGAAGGAGGGAAGGGGGAAAGGGGUGAUGGCCGAGCCAGGGUUGGGUGUCCGUCCCCCCCACCGAGGGAGAGAGUGUGCUUUGGGCCUGCCUUCCCUCCAGACGGCCCCAGAGAGAUGGAACUGUCCGCUGUACUAUAUUACACAAGUGUCGUACCUGCCCAUGUUGUAUAGUUGCCGACCCUCAAAGCUGCGUAACCCUUCUAAUUCAUUUCCUUCUUUUCUUUCCCCCCCCUUCUACAUGGAAUUAACUUCUGAGAUCUUUAUGAAACCAAAUGAGGGAGAGAGAUUGCCCCUUUUUUGUUUCCCUGAUGCCA